UUUAAUAGUUUCUUUUUCUCGCCAACAAGCCGAACAGGCCUGAUGAAAGCGCGCGAUUUUCCUCUGUCACAAAGUCACAAAGUGAUAUUAUAACCGUUAUAACUCUAAAGCUAUAAUCUCUCAGCCCAUAGAUGCUGCGAUGACGAACGAAUCGACGCCAACGCGAAGUCGUCACUCAUUUGACCAGCAGGAGAAUGCUUCCCAGGAUGGCGGACUCUUGCAACAUGCCAAUGAUGAUGAGGCCGAGAGGCAACGGAGGCAGCAAGAAUUGCUGCUGGAGUUGCAAUCCAGGCACCUUGAGUCUCCGGGGACUCCAGCAAGCAUGCGGAAAUCCAUGGGAAUUGCCCCCGCAGGACUCUCCAAUGUUCAGCUGGCUGAGCACUACGCAAACUGCAUCCGGCUCUCGACCGAAAAUAAAAUAACGACUAAAAAUGCGUUCAGUCUGCACCUCAUAGACUACAUGCACAAGAUGUUGCGCAACGAGGACGGUACAACAAAUUUUCAGGCUGCUAGUUGUACCCUGGAUGCUGGCACCAAGAUCUAUGCCUACCGUGUGGACAGGAUUCACAGCGAGACCUUGCAGAUUGCCGGGGAACUGGGAAUUACGUCAAAAAAGAAGAAGCGCUCGGAAGAAGAGCCUCCAGUGGAAGGAGGCAACGGGGAAGAGACAGGUCCCGAAAAAAUGCGUAAAACGAAGAAGACCAAGGGUGGCAACACAAUUGUUCACAAUGUUAAGAGCAUCACCAUUGAUGACAUCGAGGUCAUGAAAUAUAGAGAUCCACUGCUGGAGAAGAUUUCGGAGAAUCAUGAAGAGUCCACAACGGCUGGUCUGUUUCUAAACCACGUUCGGACGCUGGAUGACUUUGGCCGACUCAUGUUUGGUCCGGGUUUUGUCCCCACUGUUUCGGACUUGAAGGAGGAUCAAAAUGCAACCACGGAGCUCACGGAUGAAAUCUUCCGAACCUUAAAACGUGUGGCAUCUAGGAAACUAACACUCUGUCCCAGCAUGAGCGAGCUGAGCAUGUACGAGGAUAGUGACGAGAGCCCGCUUCCAGAGACCAAUGUCAGCAUAAGGCAACCCGGCCCUGAGGCAUCAUUCUACAACAAUGAUGCUGCAGACGUAGCGGACGUGUCUGAUGAAGAUGAUAACCAACCAUGGGAAAACCCUGACUGCAAUAAUGCCACGUGCGGCCCUAUCACGGGGUGCAGCACAGCAGAGAUGUCAAAGUUUCUGGCUCCGGUGCCGAGUGACUACUCGUAUUUCACGAAGCAGUUUUUUUCUGCUUGGGCUGGUCCCGCACAUUGGAGAAUUAAGCCACUUUCAAAAUUGAAGCCUAAAGAAGCAGUACGUAGGAAGCCAACCAAACUAAGCUCCACUUUUGACUUUGAAACGGCCAACUCUGCGCUGUUUGUACGAAGCAAGCAAUCCCAUCUGUUGACCAAGCGAAUGCUGUCUGUCUGGAAAGCGGAAAAGCUGUUGCUGCCACACGACCAUCGAAGCACAGAAGCCUUUCGUUCGCUUCUUCUGUGCAAGGGACACAAGAUUAUGCGUGUGUCGAAGCCAGGCACCGUAGGAGAAAGCGAGGUUACGUAUGACUAUGGCAAUGCCAACGACAAUGAGAACUUCUGUCCAAAUGAAUCAGACAAUAAUGACGUCCCGGCAGACGACACUCAUGUGGGUCUCGGCAGCCCUACUGCAGGAAACGCCCCGACCAGUGCUGCCGUCUUGGACAACACUCUGUUUGUCAACUCCACCAAGUUGCAGUACGAUUAUACAGGCGAUAAUUUGGUUAAGCAGCCCUACAAGAUUCAAAAGAUCCAGAUCAACUACGCGCGGGUUGCUAAGAGGUUCGAUAUGAAGCAGAUGAAACAAGCCAUCUGGAAUGUCCUCACACACGACAAUGAGGACAAGGAGAAUGUGAAUCAGAGUGAAGAGCCACCGGGGGCAAAAGACUGUCACUUGUCCUUUCGAUCCGUCUGCCACCUCUUACCUUCACAUUUGAAUCGGAUCAACCGAGAAAGUGUCACCAUACCUAUUGCAUUCACUGCCUUGUUACACCUCGCUACAGAAAGGAACUUCACUCUCAGUGGUCGAGAAGACAUAUCCGACGUGGUAAUAAAUGUAUAAUCUCUGCUGCUUUACCCAUGCAUGUUUUACGAGUGAAAUAAAUGUUUUACUUUUCUA